AUGCAGUCUGCGCGCGGCCAGCGUGCUGCCUUCUUCCCAAAGGCUGAUGCAGCCGUCCUGACGUCCAGACAUGCUGCCCCCGUCCUAGCCGACCGUCCCACUGCCACCGCCCCCAUUCUUGACCCCGAGCAUGCUGACGCUCCCCUGGAUGCGUGGACGGUGGAGGACCUCGAGGCCGUGUAUCCAGCCAAAACCGACAGCUGUGCCCCUGCGCCCAUUCCCACAAAGGCACAAUGUCCUCGUCACUGCCAGACCGACCGCUACCUUUUCCCCGUGCUGGCGCCCAACGAGAGGCUGCGGCUGACCAUGCUCUUCUACUACACCCGCGGCUUGCUCGAGGACGAAGAGCUCAUGUCCCGGCUGCAGGAAAAGGUACUUGUAGCCCAUGAGACGGUAGGAUGGGAGUUUGUCAUUGCUGGCCUCUUGAACCACAACACCUACACGCGCCUGGUUACCGUCAAUCUUCCGCUCGCAGUCUUGCCGCGCCGCGAAAGCACCUGUGCCCAUACAAUCAACCAGACGCCUGAUAGCAUAUUUGCCUUGCAAAACAUGGUUAAUGACUGGCGCUUCGAAAAGUCGCCUCAUGUCGAGGUCGGAGGAUUACGGGCGUAUGCAGGUGUGCCAUUGAAGUUUGAAACCGAAUUCGGGCAGCACGUGGCUUUUGGCUCUCUCUGCGUUGCCUCGAAUUCGCCAGAAGAGCUGCUCUGCCCAACCGUCCAGCAGUCCCUUAUCCGUCUUGCCGAUUUUAUCGUCGCAGACAUAGUCCACAGCGCCAGGGCUAGACGUCAAAAGGAGAGAAGGCGGAUGCUGGAGCUGCUCUGCGACGCUCAACGGCAUUGUGACGAGCACGCUAACAUGGAGGAAGAAAUUCCAAAGAUGCUCCAGCAAACCUAUCCAGGUAUGGAGGUACACAUCAUCCAAACCAUGGAUGGCCGCAUCGUACUUGAGGGCGGUACAGUCAUUCCUACCUGCGAACUCGAGCAGGGUCUUUGGGAAGACACGGAUUACUUUGAUUACGCCGUAAACAAGCUGAAUCACCUGGAUCUGACAGCGACUCGGGCUGUACGUGCGAUUGCAGCUCAAUGCGCCAGCCAACGUAUUCCAACAUUCCUGGUUGUAAGCUGCAAUGACUUGAAAAUCAUCUUUGACGAUGUCGAUUCCUGGUUCGUACAAACUUGCGCUAUGGUCUUAUGUCGCUACUGGCAAAAUCGAGCACUGCAAGAGGCUCUUGCAACCAAGGAGUCUUUCUUGCGCGGCAUCACCCAUGAACUGCGAACGCCAAUACACGGCAUUCUCGGCUCGGCCGAACUCCUGACGGAAGUGCUCAAAACACGGACCGUAAUCCCGGAAAUUACAAACCGAGAAACAGAGCAGUUGGACCUCUAUACCUACGUUCAGACAAUUAAGACUUCAGCAAGGGAGCUCAUCUCAACGGUAAACAGCCUAAUCAAGUUGAACCAAUGGGCCGACAUUGCUCAAGCCGAACGAGUCAUGUCGCUACAUAGCAUUGCCGAAAUUGAAACUGCCCUGCUCCACGAGGUCCUGAUGGGGUUGUCCGAUGAUUUAUCCGUUCGGCCGUCCAUCAUAAUUUCGAAUUGCCUCCCACCUCAUUGCGACAUGCUGGUGAUAGACAUGCGGAUUUUCCUCGACUGCAUCCAACCACUUGUAGUUUAUGCUGCCCAACAAUCGGCUGGCGGGGUUGUAGCAGUAAAUUUGACCGUCACAGAGGAUCUUCAGUUUCUGUUCGUCGACGUCUAUCAAAGCGGGUGCAAUAUGGUCAAGUCUCCCGGCUCGACUCUAAGCGAUGUUGAUGGUAAAGACGGACUCAGCACCAUGGAAUCUGCUUUGGGUCUAACUGUAGCUUGCAAGGCAGCGACGCUUUUGGACGGGCAGGUAGCAUUGCUGUCUUCCAAGCAUGAUUCGGCAUCAUACGUAAGGGCUACGUUCAACGAUCCAAUUUUUGCCAGCUCGAUUUCAACGCGUCGUGCCUUGAAAGAUAAGCCGGUCCAAACACCACAGACGUUCCAUCGUCUCAUAUCCGAUUCGCCAACAUCCUCAUUAUCACACCACUUUGGUCUUUGGCUUUCAAAUACCGGUUGGCAGGAAUGCAAGGAAAAGGCCGGUAGCCUUGUUAUCCUGGACUACUCUCACGAUCUUCCUCAAUUCUGCAAGCAAUUGGCCAGUGUCGGUAGCGAGCAAGUGGUCAUUUGUCUCGUUCCUGAACAUGCAAGUUUUGUUGAUUUUCAAAACAAACGACUCAGAAGACAGGACAACGCAGUUUACAUCCAAGGGCCCUUCUUGACAGACCAGAUGGUACAAGCAAUGGAGCUAGUUACCGCAAUGUUGGUUGAAUUUGGCACAUCCAUCAUGCAGUCAGGAGGCCACAUAAGCGCCACGGACCCUACCUGUCUGUCGGUCCCUCAAAAAACGGCCAUUCUGCCCAUAAGUUUAGUGGAGGAAGCUUCAAUAUCCGCUGAAAAGUUGCGAUCAGAACUCACAGAAUCCUUGCAGAGCCUCACGAUACAACCCAAGCCCUCCUUACCUGGUGGGAAACCAGGAGUAGUUUCGAAAAAGCCCAUGACCCUGCUUGUUGACGACAACAAUGUCAACCUGCGCUUGCUGGAGAUGUACUGCGACCGUCGUGGCAUUCCAUAUCGGACGGCAAAAGAUGGGCGAGAAGCUGUAAAAAUCUUCUCCGAAGCACUUGUCCCCAAAUAUGACACUCUUUUGCAACAGCAAGUAACUACACAGGCAUUCGAUCUAAUUCUCAUGGACCUACAAAUGCCCGAAUGCGACGGUAUAGAGGCAACUCGAGAGAUCCGGAAACUGGAAGAGGAGCAAGGUUGGCAAAAGAGCGUCUUGUUCAUUGUCACUGGGCAAGAUUCUGCAACUGAUCGCAAAAAUGCUCAGGAGGCAGGUGCGGAUGAGUUUCUGACUAAGCCAGUAGGACCAAAGGUGCUUGACCAAUGGGUUAAGAAAUGGUAUCCGGAAGCGGGAAUUUAA